AAUAUUAUUUUAUGGUACCUAUUUGUUGUGAUGCAGAUAAUGGUAUAUCUGCAAUAUGUGGUACAAUUAGUUUUGCCAACGCAGUGCUGGGCUUAACUGUGAUUAAUUUUAUACAUAUUUUAUAUUGUAGGUACAUACAUAUAAUGCGCUUGUCUUGAUAACUUGGAGGCUACACAAUAUAAAUUUAAGCCUGUCCAUUUUUGGAAAUCACGACAAACCCUCCAGUUGCACUUCACUUGGAUCAACAUUUUCGAGUAACCUUAUUAAGUGAGUCCAAAUGGGGAUGGCAAAUUUUGAAAAUUUAACACAAGAAAUGAUACAAUGCUUUAAGUGUGAAAACUGUGAAGAGAUAUUACAGCCUCCGAUAUCUAUUUGUGCCGAGGGAACAAUUAUCUGCGGACCUUGUUCGGAACUGAAGCAAUGCAAGGAACAAGUGAUUGCCAAUUGUUCUAUACUAGAAAACAUUGGGAAACUUUUAACAUUUCCUUGUACGUACAGUAGCAUAGGUUGUCCAGUACAACUUCAAGUACACAACGUUUCAAAACACGAAAGCAGAUGCCCAUUUCAACAGUUUCAAUGUCCGAUUUGUUUGGACAGUGACAAACGUUGGACCGGCACAGCAAAGAACAUGGGUCUCCAUGUCAUUAGUGUUCAUUCAAGCGCAAUAGUAGGAAACAGAACAAGAUGUCUCUUAGAGCUUGGUAAAACAACAGAAUUUUUUUUCCAUAAGGGAGAAGUGUUUGCACUUAUUUGGGAAUACAACCCUACUGACUUAGACAUGCUGUGGUGUGCGGUGAAAUCAUUUGGAAUUUCUGACGACAUCCAACGAUCUUACUUUAAGUUGAAAUUGAAGUUUCAGAAUAGUGAAGAGUACUGCGAAAAAAAUCAAAUCGAACCGGCUAUUAAUUGGAAAGUUGACCCAAAUACUGCUAUUAAAAUCAGCAUACCAGUUCUUAGAGCAAAACUACAACUUAAAAGUAAAAUCGAGGGUAAAACAAUAUUCGGGACCACUAUAGAGAUAUUCACAAGGAAACCUCUGUUUUACGGUAGUAGUCAUGAAGGUUUUUUACGUGACAUCAUAUGCCUGGUUUGCUACGAUUAUAUGAAUGAAACCAUUUUUCAGUGUAUUAUAGGUCAUAGCUUUUGUGGUAAUUGUAAACCAAAGUUAAAUCAUUGUCCAUUUUGCAGGUCCAAAAUUGACAAUAGAAAUUAUAAGCUAGAAUAUAUAUCGAAAAAAAUUUGCCAUAGAUGUUUAUAUUCAGAUGAAGGUUGUAUGUUCUCCUCUUCGUUAAGCAAGGUACUUCUUCAUGAAAAAACUUGUAAAUAUGCAGAAGUUGGUUGCCCAUUAAAAUCUUUCAUUACAAAGUGCAAGUGGAGGGGUAGAUUAUAUCAGAUAUAUUUGCAUGCAUUGGAUGACCACGGUAUACAAUUUUAAGUAAUUAUACCUGUGUGAAUGUUUUAUGUUUGUUCACUAUAAUGACUAUUUGUUAAAUAUCAAGCUUAAUUUUUGUGUUACAUAGUUAUUUAAUUUGUACUUUAUAUUUACUUAAAAUAAAAACUAUUAAUUA